UUUGGAAUGUAUCCAGGUAAUACAGUGUGAGGUUGGGCUCAUGUGGUUUGUGCCCUGUAUAUUCCAGAGGUACAAUUUGCCAAUGUUUCUACAAUGGAACCAAUUGUUUUACAAUCUGUUCCACAUGAUCGUUACAAUAAGACUUGCUACAUUUGUGAUGAACAAGGAAGAGAAAGCAAAGCAGCUACUGGUGCUUGCAUGACCUGUAAUAAACAUGGAUGUCGACAGGCUUUCCAUGUGACAUGUGCUCAGUUUGCUGGACUACUUUGUGAAGAAGAAGGUAAUGGUGCAGAUAAUGUCCAAUACUGUGGCUACUGUAAAUACCAUUUUAGUAAGCUGAAAUAUAAAGAAAAGGACAAACACAAACAAAAACAUAAGAAGCAACCAGAACCAUCACCUGCAUUGGUUCCUUCUUUGACUGUUACCACAGAGAAAACUUAUACGAGCACUAGCAGCAACUCUAUUUCUGGAUCAUUGAAGCGCUUGGAGGAUACUGCAGCUCGAUUUACAAAUGCAAACUUCCAAGAAGUCUCUGCGCACACAACUAGUGGAAAAGAUGUUUCAGAGGCUAGAGGGUCAGAGGGCAAAGGGAAGAAAUCUUCAGCUCACAGCUCAGGUCAAAGGGGAAGAAAGCCUGGUGGAAGAAAUCCAGGAACGACUGUGUCAGCAGCUAGUCCUUUCCAGCAAGGCAGUUUUUCAGGAACUCCAGGCAGUGUAAAAUCAUCUUCGGGAAGUUCAGUACAGUCUCCCCAGGAUUUCUUGAGCUUUACAGACUCAGAUCUGCGUAAUGACAGUUAUACUCACUCCCAACAGUCAUCAUCAACCAAAGAUGUACAUAAAGGAGAGUCUGGAAGCCAGGAAGGGGGGGUAAAUAGUUUUAGUUCCAUAAUGGGUCUCCCUUCGACCUCAGCUGUUAUUUCACAGCCUAAAAGCUUUGAAAAUUCACCUGGAGAUUUGGGUAAUUCCAGCCUUCCAACAGCAGGAUAUAAGCGGGCUCAAACUUCUGGCAUAGAAGAAGAAACUGUAAAGGAAAAGAAAAGAAAAGGAAAUAAACAAAGUAAGCAUGGGCCUGGUAGACCUAAAGGAAACAAAAAUCAAGAGAAUGUUUCUCAUCUCUCAGUUUCUUCUGCUUCACCAACAUCAUCUGUAGCAUCAGCUGCAGGAAGUGUAACAAGCUCUAGUCUUCAGAAAUCUCCUACAUUGCUCAGGAAUGGAAGUUUACAAAGUCUUAGUGUUGGCUCAUCUCCAGUUGGUUCAGAAAUUUCCAUGCAGUAUCGGCAUGAUGGAGCUUGUCCAACAACUACUUUCUCAGAGUUGCUGAAUGCAAUACACAAUGACAGAGAUGACAAUUCUACACUAACAAAGCAGGAACUUAAAUUUAUAGGUAUUUAUAACAGCAAUGAUGUAGCAGUAUCAUUUCCAAAUGUAGUAUCUGGCUCAGGAUCUAGUACUCCUGUCUCCAGUUCUCAUUUACCUCAGCAGUCUUCUGGGCAUUUGCAACAAGUGGGAGCUCUCUCCCCAUCAGCGGCAUCAUCUGCAGCCCCUGCUGUUGCUACAACUCAGGCAAAUACCCUAUCUGGAUCUUCUCUUAGUCAGGCACCAUCUCAUAUGUAUGGCAGUAGAUUAAAUCCAAGUUCAUCAAUGGCAGCUCUUAUAGUUCAGUCUGAAAACAAUCAAACAGAUCAAGAUCUUGGAGACAAUAGCCGCAGCCUUGUUGGCAGAGGAAGCUCACCCCGAGGAAGUCUCUCACCACGAUCUCCUGUAAGCAGUUUACAAAUUCGCUAUGAUCAACCGGUCAACAACAGUUUGGAAAAUCUGCCUCCAGUAGCAGCCAGCAUAGAACAGCUUUUGGAGAGACAGUGGAGUGAAGGACAGCAGUUUUUAUUAGAACAGGGUACUCCUAGUGACAUUUUAGGAAUGCUAAAGUCAUUACACCAACUUCAAGUUGAAAAUCGGAGAUUGGAAGAGCAGAUUAAAAACUUGACAGCCAAAAAGGAACGUCUUCAGUUAUUGAAUGCACAGCUCUCAGUGCCUUUUCCAACAAUAACAACAAAUCCUAGUCCAUCUCAUCAAAUGCAUGCAUUUUCAGCACAGAACGCUCCUACGACUGAUUCCUUGAACAGCAGUAAGAGCCCUCAUCUAGGAAACAGCUUUUUACCUGAUAAUUCUCUUCCUGUAUUAAAUCAGGACUUAACCUCCAGUGGACAAAGCACCAGCAGCUCUUCUGCUCUUUCUACCCCACCUCCUGCUGGGCAGAGUCCAGCUCAGCCUGGCUCCGGCGUUAGUGGAGUUCAGCAGGUCAAUGGUGUGACAGUGGGGGCCCUGGCUAGUGGAAUGCAGACUGUAACAUCCACCAUUCCUACAGUGCCUGGAGUGGGUGGAAUAAUUGGAGCUUUGCCAGGUAACCAACUGGCAAUUAAUGGCAUUGUAGGAGCUUUAAAUGGGGUUAUUCAGACCCCUGUCACAAUAUCCCAGAACCCUACCCCCCUCACCCACACAACUGUACCACCUAAUGCAACACAUCCAAUGCCAGCUACACUGACUAACAGUGCCUCAGGACUAGGAUUACUUUCUGACCAGCAAAGACAAAUAUUUCUUCACCAACAACAAUUUCAGCAGUUGUUAAAUUCUCAACAGCUCACGCCAGAACAACAUCAGGCCCUUCUGUAUCAGUUAAUGCAACAGCAUCACCACCAGCAGCACCACCCACCUGAACUACAGCAGCUCCAGAUCCCCGGGCCAACACAGAUCCCAAUUAACAACCUACUUGCAGGUACUCAGGCGCCGCCACUUCACCCAGCCACCACCAACCCGUUUCUCACCAUCCAUGGCGAUAACGCAAGCCAGAAAGUAACGAGACUUAGUGAUAAAACUGGGCCUGUCACUCAAGAGAAAAGUUGACACUUGAGAAACCUCUGGAUUGCCUCACCUGCUGCUCUAGCACUUCAUCUGGCUGCUGUUGCAGCCCUCCUACACCCAUGAAGAAAUGCGACAAGAAGUGAACUGCACAACAAAGGAUUAAUUGCCACAAGGACUUGCUUGUAAGGCUUUGAUUAAUUUUCUUGUUGCUUUGUUGCACUGAAAUGGAAUUCCCAUAUAUCCCCUAUCCCUCAACCCAGAUUUUUUUGAACUUUGAAAAAAAAAUUUAAUAACUAACUUUUGUCAAUGAAAUAAUUUACAAGCAAUGAAUUUAUCAACCUAAGAGGAAUUUAAUAUAGUUGGUGCACAACUAAUUUUGUUAUAAAUUGGAGAGACGAACAGCAAAACUAAAGACUUGUUCCAUUUAUAAACUGAUUUUGUUGUACAAGUUAGAAUAUGAAGUACAAUCUUUUGUUUGGGUUAUAGUAUGCUCGCUCUGUGAGUCAGAUCUUAAGACAGAUUUUAAGGAACUGUCCAAUAUUGUCUAUUGGAGUUUUAUUGGUUAAGUAUUGCAAAUUAAUAGGUCAUCAACUGGUACUUGGCAAUCUUUGUUAUAAAAAUUUCUUUAUAAUGGGAUUUGGCCAGUUUUGGUAAUCAAGUUAGGAUGUAAUGUCUGCUUCUGCUAAAGGUAAUAUUCUUUUGCUAAAUACUUUUUUUUUUAAAUAAAGUGCUAAGACCUACUCAUAUUUUAAAGUAACUACUCAUAUUUUGAGUUAAGUGAGUUCUAAGGCUGCUGGGGGAACCAGAUCAAUUCAAAGCGAAAGAUUUCUUUCAGAAAGAGGGGCCGCUCUGGAAACUGCUGGUAGGGUUUGGCCUGAAUCAAGUGCCUAUUAGUACCUCCAUUGUGUUGAAAUGGCUCUAGACAGCUGAGCUUGCACUAUCGUCAGUCCUUGUACGUACGUAGUAGGAAUAGUCCUUGUUGCACCAGCAGCCUUCCCCAUGGUUCUGCCUUUAUUAAAAACUUUCUAUGCCACUGUAGAUAGCUCAGGCAAAACUAUUACCUGGGUAUUUAUCCACUAAUGAGUCACAAGGAAAAGGAGUGGAUUUGGUAAGAUUUUUUUUUUUUUUUUAAACAACUUCGCAUUUACUGACAGUGAUUUCAGACAAAACAACUACAGUUCCUGGAACAGGUGAAAUUUGUAUUUACAGUCCUUACACUUUGGGUAGCCACACUCCUGGUGUGACAGUAUAGCAGAGUAUAAAUUGAACAAUUGGGGAUGUAAUCAUUGAACUGUUCUUAAAUGCGUGAAUUAUUAGUGGAAAAGACCCAGCUGUAAUUAGACCUCCACUGUGUACUUAGCUGGAAGAACAUGUUAAUUCUGCAAUAUGUUUCUUGGUUAAACAUUGCACAGUUCUUACCUCAUUUCUGUAAAUAAGGUUUUGUGAAUCUGUUUUGUAUUGUGAAAAAUUCAUAAGAUAACAUUGAUAUUUUGAUUUGUAAUAUUUCUAAUUGGUAGAUUUAAUUGAAAAGUAAAAUUAAUUUAUUUUUAUAUGUUCAGGGGAAUUUUAAAGAAGUCAAAUCUUUUGUAGAUAAUUAAAAAAAUCGGUGUGGUUUAUUUUACUUAUUUAACCCACUGGUUGUUAUUCUGUAACAAUUUGUAUAAAUGGUAAAUUUUGAAUGUGUUGUUAUUUUACCUAGAUGUAAAAUUCCACAUGUAUUAAAAAAAUGUACAAAGUUUUUGUUAAUAAAAUUUAAUAAUGUUUAUAA